AUGCAGCCAGGGGGGGUGAGUGCGCCCCUCUACGUGGACCUUCCGGGCAGCGAGGGCUUUGCGGCAGCGCAGCAGCAGAUGCAGCAGCAGCAAGCACAGCAGCAGCAGCAGCAAGCACUGCCUCAACAGCAGCAGCAGCAGCAACAGCAGCAGCAGCAGCAGCAGCAGCUUCAGGGAUGGAUGAUACCUGCGGAGCAGCGCAGCAGCAAAAAGGCUCUGAUCUGCCUGCACGGCUGGCUGUCUAAUCGACAGGCCUGUUUGCCCUUUGUCGAGGCAGCAAAGCAGCUGAAGCUGCACCGCGACAACCACAUUCUGCUGCUGGACAUGCGGGGCAGCGGGGAGUCCUCUGCGUUCCGCCGUGCUGCUGCUGCAGCAGCAGGCAGCAGCAGCAGCAGCAGCGGGGAGGGCUGGGCCGUGGAGGGCGCUGUGUCGCAGCUGGCCAUAGACAGCCGCGAAGACUUAGCAGCAGCAAUUCGUUUCCUGCAGCAGCAAUUUGGAGUUAAAGAAAUUGGAGUUUAUGCGCAAGGGGGAGCAGCAAUGGGGGUGCUGCUGAUGGGGGCAGAGGCCGACUGGCUGCAGCAGCAAGGAGUGUCUCUCCAGCGAGUGCUGCUGGACUCUCCUAUCUGCAACGCGCGGCUGCUGCUGCAGCAGCAGCCUCCGAUUCGGCCCAUUGCGCGUUCGGUGCUGCUGCUGCUGCAGCACUUGUCUUGGGGCCUUGGCAGCAAGCGGGCCUCGCAGCUGCGGCGCAUUCGGUCUUGUUCAACUUUGAGCUGCUUGAAAGGAACAAAAACGACAAUUUUAAUCAGCCAGAAUGACAGGCUGAGGGUUUGGCCGCUGCUGCAGCAGCAGCUGCUGCUGCUGGACGAGAGCAUGCGCCCGCGGGCGACCUACUUGCUGAGCCACGGGGACCACUGCAACUUGGCAGCUGCGAAUCCGGGCGCCUUCCGAGCAGCAGUUGCUGCUGCCUUCUCUAGUCCCUCGCUGCUGCAGCGGCUGUGGCAGGGGCUGCUGCCAGCAGCAGCAAGGCUUGCUGCUCCCCCAGCAGACUCUGUGCUGCUGACCCCCCGAGACUUCUCCAACAUGCAGGAGCAGCAGCAGCAAAUCAAACUCCACGAGCAGCGGCUGCGGCAGCGAGAAAAACAGGAGGAAGAAGAGGAGCUGCUGGAGGAAGCCGAUGCAGAAGACCGAGAAGACUUCUAA